UAUAAACAUCUUAUAUACACGUAAGUACUGCUGUGCCAUCCUCCCAAGAAUGCACUGGUUUACAAUUAUAUUGGUGGGAUCAGUGUAUCAAACACCGUCCGUGAGUACUUUUUCUGUUUCAAUUAAUGCGUCGACAAAGUCCAUAAAACCAGGAGAAAACGUUCACAUUGAUUGUACUAUUUUUGGAUUAAGCCCCUUGCAGUAUUUAAAUUCUCAAGUAACGUUACUUUUGAGACAAAAUGAUAGCAUUAAAACAGCAGUUAGGAUAUGGACAGAUCGAUCGCAAAACGUAACUGAGAAGUAUGGAGGGACGGUAAACUAUUAUGUAGAUGACGCAUGUCAAUUGAGGAACAGGAUCUUAGUGAGAUUCGACAUCUUCAAUGCCAGUACUUCAGAUGAGGGAAUAUAUUCAUUUUACACGACCCACAACUCGGUCACACAAUAUGAUAGUAUCAAUCUCUAUUCAGGCAAUAAAACAGAGAAGCUUUCAAACUACGUUGUUGUGCGACAAAUUGAUACUCUAGAGAGCUCUAUUCCAUAUUUUUGUUGUAAAUAUGGCUUCAGUAUCCUUGAGAACGAGUCUUUUGUAAAUUUCAUUAAUCUUCGUCGCAAUAAAUCCGCAUAUUUCCCUGUAAUUCCAACAUUUGGUACUAACAAUAAUGCCAUUGCCAUAGUCAAGCCAUGGAUAUCUUAUGAAGGGUGUUACAACCUUACAAUAGACAAGUCUUCGGAAAUGGACUGUACAAAAAUCAGUGUUAUAGAUUGGACGACGAACAAAAACUCGCUUCCCUUAAUUGGGAUAAAGAGGAAGAAAUAUUGUGUUUUACUGGACAAAAGUAUUAAGGAAACCUCAAAACGUGUUUCCUAUAGCUAUUGCCUAGAAGAUGAAAACACAGAGUCAGUGAAUUAUAUAGAACUAUUUUCCAUGAUUGAGAAAAGACCUACAUUGCUGGAAGAAAUAAAUACAAGUUGUAUGGCGGCAUACACAGUUAAAGAAGCUAAUGCAAGUAGGCUCUAUGGAAUACCAUGCUAUAAUUCUUCGAGGCAUUGUGAUGCAUAUUGUUUAGAAAAAGACAGAUCAAACGCUACUUACCACGGUAACUUAUCUUGGAGUGAGGCUAUGGACAUAUGUAUUAGUCUAAACAAAUCUCUACCAGGAAUUAACUCCGAUUUCCUCAGCACCUCAAUUGACCAAGAAAACAGAUCUGUGUGUCUGGCCGCAUACCAAAGCUCAUCUAUUGUGUUCCAACCAGUCAUCAAGCAAAUAAACAAAGAUGGAAACAUAACUGCCCUUCCUUCUAAUACCAGUUUAAGCCUUCCUUUCAUAUGCGGAGCUAACCCAGAUACAGAAAAGCCAGACUAUUGUGUUGGCACUACACGGGCUGUUAAAACGGACGCAACUGUGUUUACAACGUCUAAAUGUUCUAAGGUGUCAACAGAUAAUGACUCUAAACUGAUCAUGAUAAUACCGAUGACUGUUCUUGGAUUCCUGCUUAUGGUCGUUGCAGUUGUUUGGGUCAUCCACAGUGAAACACAAGAAGUAGCAACAACAAUCAUUAGAAGAGGACUGGAUAACAAUUUCAUUAACCAAACGGAAGCUUAUUCGGAUCUUCGUAAUGAAACGCAUUUCAGCAAUGAAUACACACUGACUGAUGAAAACGAUGAGUAUGAUGUCUUAAGGAGCAAACGGGAAAAUCACGAUAUUUCACCUGAUGCUAACAUUUAUGACCGGGCAAAUAACUUAGUCAGUGGAAUUUAUGACAGCACUUUGAGGAGAAUAGAAAACAAGGGGAGUGAAACAUUUUUAAAAAACACAUGA